AUGCCUACCGCCAUCGAGCCCAACGUCGAGACGGCCAACAAGUUUGUCACCGAGCUCAACCCCAAGGGCAUCAAGCCAUGCUGCGCCUGCCCCGAGACCAAGGCAGCACGGGAUGACUGCUUCUUCAAGUUCGGACAUAGCGUCGAGGAGGACGGCGAGUCGGCGAGAAAGUGCGAGGAGCUCGUGCGCAAGCACCGCGAGUGCAUGGCCAGCCUGGGAUACAAGAUCUGA